UUCGAAGCACGAUUGUUAGAUAUCCAGGAUAUUGGUGCAGUUGCUCUGCAAAAGUCCAUAGCAGUUUCCACAACCCUCUUUAGAAACACCUCCUGAGGUUUUGAUAACUGCAGACUGUGCUCAACAGUGCUACACAUGGAAAAAGACUUAAAUGAGCUUCUUGUGUGGAAAGAACAGGAAUGGAAAGAGCUGCAAGCUCACCAACUCCAUUUUCAAAAGACAAUACUACAAGACUCCAGAAAACAGCUCCAAGAAAUACAAAAAAAAUUUAACAGGUUAAAAGAAGAUUUCACGUAUAAUCUGAAAGUUCUGGAUGAGAGAGAUCAGGAGCUGGCGCACUAUGAUGCUAUGUUUGCCCAUCUGAAGACACAUGAACAUACUAAAGAAGCAGAGGUUAGCGAACUUAGGAUACAGAUGGACAAACUGCAGGAAAAACUUGACAAGGAAACGCAUAAACAAGAGCAUUUGCAAUAUCAGUAUCAACAGAAACUUAAAGAACAUCGGUUAGAACUGGAACAGCUGCAGAGUUCCAAGAACAAUGACCUCCACCAGCAGCAUGAGGAGUAUGUGAAGCUGAAACAGCAGCUGGAGAGUAAACUCCAAGAGGUUGAAGGAGAGCUUGUUUUACAGAAACAGGAACUGCUGGCAGAGUUUGAUGCAGAAAUGAAAAAGCGAGAACUUGAGUUUCAACAGCAGGAAGAUGAGAUGAGUAAUUUAGUUUUGUCUCAUAAACUCAAGGUUAAGUUAUUGAGCAGAGAACUGGAGGCUUUGAAAGAUGCUGGGAUGAAAGCUGCAGAAUCAUUGCAAAUGGCAGAAAGGACUAAUCUGAGAUUGGAAAAAGAGCUCAAAUGCAAGGACUGGGAAUUUAAGGAUCUUGCAACUGUAAAAGAUGCUCGAAUAAAAGAAUUAGAAGGUGAACUUCAGUCAAUGAACCUGAUGUGGAAAAAAGAGAAGGAAACAUUUAGAAGAAAACAUGAAGUUCUGGAUCGCUUUGCCAAGGAAAAGGAAGCAGUACUAGCUUCAGUGAAAGAAGCUCAUGCUGAGCAAGUACAGAAGUGGGAGAAUCAUAUAAGAGAACUGCAAAUAAGCCAUGAAAAUCUGGAAACAGAAUUGCGUAGAAGCAAGUGGAGUCAAGCAGAUUGCUUGAGAGAGAAAGAUGCUCUUAUUGAAAAGCUUCAAGAGGAGCUAGUAACAGUAAAAACAAGGCAAGAUUCUCAUUUGUCUCAGGUCUUCAAGGAAACGGUUUCUAAAGACCUCCAAAUACAGUCAUUGUGUGAAGAAGAUGUGAAACUGAGAGCACAGUUGGCCAGAUUCCAGCAGGAUAUAGACAGGUACAAACAGCAGUUGUCUCUGGCAGCAGAACGAGAACAGAUUCUGGAGCAAGCUAGAGUACAAGCAGAACUGGACUGGCAGCGGCGCUGUGAGAACGCUGAAAGGAAUCAUUAUCAGAAAUCAGAGGAUCUAAUACAGAAACUGUCAACAGCUAGGGACCAGGUUACAGCUAAGCUACAAAAGACAGAACACAAGCUGCAUGAAAUGGAGACGGUCCUGUCUGCUGUGACAUUGGAAAGAGACCAAGCAGUCCAGGCACUUAGGAAACAUGAUGUGACGCCUGAAGAACAGAAACAGUUAUUUCUCUAUGAUGAUAAAGAAGUUCUUGAAAAGGAUUUUCCUUCCACUGUGAUACAAAAGUUACAGCAACAGAACACCAACUUGCGGACUGCUGUAGCAGAAAUGAGGAAAGAAAUGGAGAUCCUUAGUGAUCAGAUACCAUCAUCUUCUAUGAAAGAAAAGACGCAGUGCACACAGCAAACUGCCACUGAUGUUGAGGCUGCUUCAGUAACAUUCACUCCUGAUUACAUUCAGUCACUAGAAGAGGAAACAAGAAAGUUAAAGCAGAAAUGCUGGGCGAUGGAAGAGAAAUUAGAAAAGGUAUCCAAGUUUCCCAGAAAAUCAUUUGCACCUUCCUCUGAUCUGUACAGUUGCACCAGAAAUGUUCAUACUCAGACGCAGAGCUACAGUUUGAGGGAAGCUAAUGAUGAUGUUUUCACUGGAGCUGCUUUGAAGAAGCUGGAAGCCAGAGUAGCUCAUCUGGGCUCCGUGGCAACACCACACACAAAAAAGGGGUCAGUGAUCAAGGGACUUCGAGAAGACAUAGAAGAUUUCAGACAUUUUUCUGGGAAGGGGUCAGGUGAUGUGCCCCAACAUGGUGCUGGUUGCUCUGUACAGGUAAUACAGAAUAAACUGAAGGAAGCAGUGAGAAAGAUCUCUAGUUUGAGCCAAGAGAAGCAUCAGCUUAUUGAAAUGGGAAAUAGGCUCCGAGCAGAACUUGCAGCAGUAUCAUAUGAAGGAUUUUGGCAUUGCAUUAGCUCUGAGCAGGGCUCAGUUCACACAGUCUCCAGUGGUCUGUAUCCUAAAGAGCUAGCAAAAGCAGCACAGUGCCGACUGUCAGCCUUAGAGCAUCUGCAGUACCAGCUUACCACACAGGAGGCGCUACAGUAUGCACAACAACAAGAUUUCCUAAGGUUGGCCUCUAUGAUUGCCUUCCCUAGCUCAGUAGAGACCUUCAGUAGUGACAGUGCCCCAAGCAGCGGUGGCGAGGGAACAGAAUUGCCACAGGUUCAGGUUCAGCUGGAAUCUUCUGUUCCAGAUGGGGGACCAGAGCAAUACACGGAGUGUACAGUCUCAACAAUGAACCAGACUCAACUCUGCAGUGGGGAGGUUCCAAGCCAAUCACAGCAGACUUUAUGGUCAUCAUCUGGAGUACACAAUUCCCUCCAGGAUGUAUGGCAAAUCCUAGACAUGGGCUCAAGCCUUUCUAUGCUCAGUCAUCAAAGCAGCAGAGAUCAAGCAGAAUCGCUUGAGAUGGAGGACGUGGUGAUUGCAGGCAUUGCAGGGCGGCUGCCCGAGUCGGAGAACUUGGAGGAGUUCUGGGAGAACUUGCUUGGUGGCAUUGACAUGGUCACAGAUGACGAUCGGAGGUGGAAGCGAGGACUUUAUGGGCUACCCAGUAGAACUGGGAAACUGAAAGACCUCAGCAAAUUUGAUGCUUCCUUUUUUGGGACUCUGCCCAAACAAGUUGUUGCAAUGGACCCUCAACUCCGCAUACUUCUGGAGGUCUCUUAUGAAGCCAUACUGGAUGGAGGUAUCAAUCCAGCCUCCCUUCGUGGCUCAAACGUGGGUGUGUGGAUGGGUAUGAGUGGGGCUGAAGCAUCUGAAGUGCUUAGCCAAGACCCCGAGACAAUGGUGGGGUACAGCAUGAUUGGCAGCCAGCGUGCCAUGUUUGCCAACAGAUUGUCCUACUUCUACGACUUCAAAGGACCCAGCAUGUCUGUUGACACAGCAUGUUCCUCAAGCCUCCUUGCCCUGGAAAUUGCUUACAAAGCAAUUUCACACGGACAGUGUGAUACAGCUCUUGUAGGAGGAUCCAGCAUCAUGCUGAAACCCAACACAUCUUUGCAGUUUAUGAAGCUGGGGAUGCUUUCCCCUGACGGUGCCUGCAAGGCCUUUGAUGCUUCAGGAAAUGGAUAUUGCCGCUCUGAAGCUGUCGUUGUGGUUUUGUUAACCAAGAAAUCCAUGGCCAAACGGAUUUAUGCCACAGUAGUCAAUGCUGGGUCUAACACUGAUGGUUUUAAGGAACAAGGUCUAACAUUUCCUUCUGGAAAAAUGCAUCAGCAGUUGCUCAGCUCUCUGUAUACAGAGUCUGGGAUUCUGCCUGAAGAGGUGGAGUAUGUAGAAGCUCAUGGCACAGGCACCAAGGCUGGGGAUCCACAAGAGGUGAAUGCCAUCGCAAAAGUCUUGUGUCAAGGUAGACGAGAGCCGUUGUUGGUUGGAUCCACUAAAUCCAACAUGGGUCACCCCGAACCUGCUUCUGGGCUUGCUGCAUUACUCAAGGUGAUUCUCUCUCUGGAAAAUGGGGUGUGGGCUCCAAACCUGCAUUACAACACCCCAAACCCAGACAUUCCUGCCUUACAAGAUGGCAGCUUACAGGUGGUCUGUAAGCCAACCCCAGUGAAAGGUGGCCUAGUCGGUAUCAAUUCUUUUGGCUUUGGUGGUUCCAAUGUCCAUGUCAUCCUGAGGCCACAUGACAAGAAGAAGUCCCAGCCUCUGGAGGCACGUCGUUUGCCACGACUGCUCCAAGUCUUUGGCAGGACACAAGAAGCCGUGGAGAAGCUACUGGACCGGAGCAAGAGACUGGGGGAAGAUGACUCAUUUGUGAGCCUACUCAAUGAUUUGUCCACAAUCCCUGCUUCCUCUAUGCCGUACCGGGGCUACAGGCUCGUUGGCAGUGAGAGCGAUGUGAAAGAGGUGCAGCAAAUCCAGGCAUCGGGGAGGCCCCUCUGGUACAUCUGCACAGGCAUGGGCACGCAGUGGGCAGGGAUGGGCAGGAGCCUGAUGCAGCUGGAGCUGUUCCGACAGUCCAUCUUGCGCUCGGAUGAGAUCCUGAAGGGCACUGGGCUGAAGGUCUCUGACAUCAUUCUGCAUGGUGACGAGAGCAUGUUUGAUGAUGCUAUCUGCUCGUUUGUUGCAGUCUCUGCGGUUCAGGUGGCACAGAUCGACAUGUUGAAGUCUAUGGGCCUCCAGCCCGAUGGGAUCAUCGGGCACUCGGUGGGAGAGGUGGCCUGUGGCUAUGCUGACGACUCCUUCAGUCACGAAGAAGCCAUUCUCUCUGCCUAUUGGAGGGGACGGUGUGUCAAAGAGGCAAAUCUACCCCGAGGAAAGAUGGCUGCUGUUGGUCUGUCAUGGAAGGAAUGUAAGAUCCGCUGCCCUCCAGGCGUGGUGCCUGCCUGUCACAACGCUGAGGACACUGUCACUAUCUCGGGGCCAGAGGCCACCAUGAAUGAGUUUCUAGCCACCCUGAAGAAGGAAGGUGUGUUCGCUAAGGAAGUGCGCAGUGUCGGGGUCGCAUUUCAUUCGUAUUUCAUGGAGGCGCUUGCCCCAAUGUUGCUUAGUGUCCUGCGGAAGAUCAUUCCAAACCCAAAGCCUCGCUCAGCUCGUUGGAUCAGUACAUCCAUCCCUGAGGCCCAGUGGGACAGUGAGCUGGCGCGCUACUCCUCCGCGGAGUAUCAUGUCAACAACCUGAGGAGCCCUGUGCUAUUCCAGGAGGGUCUGCAGCACGUUCCGGAGAACGCAGUGGUGGUGGAGAUCGCGCCCCAUGCCCUGCUGCAGGCUAUCCUGAAGAGAAGCUUGAAACCAACCUGCACCAUCCUGCCUUUGAUGAAGAGAGAGCACAGAAACAACUUGGAGUUCUUCCUGACACACAUUGGAAAGAUCCACUUGACUGGAAUAAAUGUUCAGUCAAAUAAGCUGUUCCCACCUGUUGAAUAUCCUGUGCCAGUAGGAACCCCACUCAUCUCUCCCCACAUCUUGUGGGAUCACAGUGAGACCUGGUACUACCCAAAAGCCGAAGAAUUUCCAUCUGGCUCUGCAGGCUCUUCAUCUGCUUCGGUGUACAAUAUUGAUGUGAACCCAGAGUCUCCUGACCAUUACUUGAUUGGUCACUGCGUUGAUGGCAGAGUCCUCUACCCAGCCACUGGAUACCUGGUGCUAGCCUGGCGAACCCUGGCACGGUCUCUGGGAGCUGUCAUGGAACAAAUGCCUGUCAUGUUUGAGGAUGUUGUGAUCCACCAAGCAACCAUCCUACCCAAGAAAGGUUCUGUGCAGCUGGAGGUGAGACUCAUGCCUGCUUCCCACAGCUUUGAAGUGUCAGAAAAUGGAAACCUGAGUGUCAGUGGGAAAGUUUACCUUUUGGAAGACACUGCUCUGAAUAACUUUCAUAAUGAGCAAGCUGAUUCUGAUGCCCAGCCAGAUGCAAGCUCCAGCCACCCCCUCUCCAAGACAGACAUUUACACAGAGCUGCAUCUACGUGGGUACAACUAUGGGCCAACGUUCCAGGGGCUCCUCGAAUGCAGCAGUGCAGGGAGCUGGGGCAAGCUCCUGUGGAAUGGGAACUGGGUGACGUUCCUCGACACCAUGCUGCACGUGACCGUCCUGGGCUAUCCUGGGCGCAACCUGCGCCUACCCACACGCAUCCGCUCAGUGUGCGUUGACCCCGUGCUGCACCUGAAGCAAGUGCAGACGUACAAGGAUGACAAACAAGGUUUUGAUGUGUUCUAUGACCACUGUGUUGGCAGCAUCAGGUCAGGAGGUGUGCAGGUUACUGGGCUCCACAGCUCUAUAGCACCCCGCAGGCAGCAGGAACAGAGUUCUCCACUCCUAGAGAAGUUCUGCUUUGUGCCUUAUGUUGAGAUGGAUUGUCUGUCUUCUGAUGCACAGCUUCACACCAUUCUGGAGCAUUGCAAAGGUCUGAUCCAGAACCUGCAGAACAAGGUAGCGCUGCAUGGGGUUAGACUGGCCAUCCCUGGGCUAGAGACUACAGGCACCAGGGCAGAGACUGUGCCUGCAGAGAAGGGCCUUCUGUACAUCCUUGAUAAAAUCUGCCACCUGGAACUAAAUGGAAACCUGUACUCUGAGCUGGAUGAGAUUGUGACCCAAGAGAAGAUGCAUCUCCAGGAGGAUCCCCUCCUCAAUGCCUUGCUAAAUUCCCCACAGCUGAAGGUUUGUCUGGACUUAACCGUGGAGAAUACGUCCAAUAUCAAGAUAAAGAUUGUGGAGGCACUGGCAGGAGACGGAUGCCUGUUCUCUCGUAUCACUCCUCUUCUAGAAACUCAUCCCUUGCUAGAAGUUGACUACACUGCUACUGAUAGAGCCCAGGAGGUCCUUUCUGCCUAUGAGAAGCAGUUUCAGGAAACGGAUGUUUCCCCUGGCCAGUGGGACCCUGUCCGUCCUCCACCUGGAAACCUGACCAAUGCUGACCUGCUGGUGCUCAACUGCUCCAUGAAAGUCUUGGAGAAGCCAGCAGAGAUGCUCUCCAACCUGGUGGCCUCCGUGAAGGAAGGAGGGUUUGUGCUACUGCAUACUCUUCUGGGAGGAGAAACUCUUGGAGAAACGGUCCAUUUCCUUACAGCACUGGAUGUGCAGCACAGACCAGGCUUCCUGACUCAGGCAGCCUGGGAGGAUUUGUUCAGCAAGACCUCGCUGAAUCUCAUGGCUGUGAAAAGAUCCUUUUUUGGCUCUGUCAUGUUCUUGUGCCGCCGGCAGGCUCCUGUCAAGCCACCUAUUUUCCUGCCUGUGGAUGAGACCCAUUGCAAGUGGGUGGAUUCCCUAAAGAACCUCCUGGCUGAUUCAUCUGAGCAGCCUUUGUGGCUGACUGCAACCAAGUAUCCAACCUCUGGCAUUAUGGGACUGAUGACCUGCCUGCGCCAGGAGCCUGGAGGCCACAGGAUCAGGUCCCUGUUUGUUUCCAAUCUGGACUCCUCCUCCCCUGUGCCUCCAACCAGCCCAUCAGACUCGGAGAUGCAAAAGAUCCUGCAGAGAGACCUGGUGAUGAAUGUGUAUCGUGAUGGGAAGUGGGGCUCCUUCCGGCACCUCCUGUUGGAGCAAGGCCAGUCCCAGGCUUUGACGGAAUAUGCCUGUGUGAACACGCUGAUGCGUGGAGACCUCUCUUCCCUUCGCUGGAUUGCCUCUCCGCUCUGCCACUAUCCCAGCACUAAGCUCUGCAAGGUUUAUUAUGCCUCUCUCAAUUUCCGUGACAUCAUGUUGGCCUCGGGGAAGCUCCCCGCAGAUGCUAUACCAGGUAACUGGACUGUGAAGGACAACUUGAUGGGAAUGGAGUUCUCGGGGCGGGACCCUACUGGAAAAAGGGUUAUGGGAUUGAUGCACGCAAAGGGACUGGCUACAGUGGUGGACAUUGACUGUAGUUUCCUGUGGGAUGUGCCAGAGAACUGGACCCUGGAGGAGGCCGCCACCGUGCCUGUGGUCUAUGCCACAGCUUAUUAUGCUUUGAUCGCUCGUGGUGGCUUGAAGCAGGGGGAGAGUGUGCUCAUUCACUCAGGCUCUGGGGGUGUGGGCCAGGCAGCUAUCACCAUAGCCCUGAGCAUGGGCUGCCGUGUCUUCACAACUGUGGGUUCUACUGAGAAACGCAAGCAUCUCCAAGCACAGUUCCCCCAGCUGGAUGCAAACAGCUUUGCCAACUCCAGAAGUACUGCCUUUGAGCAACAUAUUCUGCGGGCUACCAAAGGGAAAGGUGUUGACCUUGUGCUAAACUCCUUGGCAGAAGAGAAGCUCCAAGCCAGUCUACGUUGCCUUGCUCAACACGGACGCUUUUUGGAAAUCGGCAAAUUUGAUCUGUCCAAAAACAACCCUCUAGGAAUGGCUCUCUUCCUGAAGAAUGUGACGUUCCAUGGGAUCCUGCUAGAUGCUGUUUUGACGAAGGAAAACCCUGCGUGGUUAGAAGUGAAUGAAUUGGUGAAGAAGGGGAUAAGAGAUGGCAUAGUGAAACCCUUGAAGCGCACUGUCUUUGGCAAAGAGGAGUUGGAAGCUGCCUUUAGGUUCAUGGCACAAGGAAAACACAUUGGCAAAGUUAUGGUUAAGGUCCGGGAAGAGGAGAAGGACUUCCCUGCAAGUGAUUCCGUGCUAGCCCAACUCCCUGCCAUCUCCCGCACUUUUUGCCCACCUACCAAAUCUUACAUCAUCACAGGGGGCCUUGGUGGAUUUGGGCUGGAAUUGGCACAGUGGCUUAUUGAGAGAGGAGCUCAGAAACUCAUGCUGACAUCUCGUUCUGGCGUAAGAACUGGCUACCAAGCUAAACAAAUCGGUGUAUGGAAGGAGAUGGGAGUCCAGGUCUUGGUGUCAACCAGUGACGUUGGCACUUUAGAGGGAACACAGAAAUUACUAGAUGAAGCGAUACAGCUUGGACCGGUUGGGGGAAUCUUUAACUUGGCUAUGGUUCUUAGAGAUGCCAUGAUGGAGAACCAGACACCAGAAUCCUUCCAAGAGGUCUGCAAACCCAAGUCUGCAGGCAUCGUUCAUCUGGACCGAGUGAGCCGUAAGAAGUGUCCGGACCUGGACUACUUUGUUGCUUUCUCAUCUGUAAGCUCUGGAAGAGGAAAUUCUGGACAGACUAACUAUGGCUUUGCCAACUCCACCAUGGAGCGUGUCUGUGAGCAGCGGAAGCAUGAUGGGCUUCCAGCAUUGUGUGUGCAGUGGGGUGUUGUUGGCGAUGUAGGUAUUGUCAUGAAGACAUGGGGCAAUGACGACAUUGUGAUUGGUGGAACCAUCCCACAGCGAAUUGCCUCAUGCCUGGAGGUUCUGGACCGGUUCCUGAAUGAGCCACAUCCCGUUGUGUCCAGCUUUGUCCUGGCAGAAAGGAUUUCUACAAAGAGUGAAGGAAGUGGCCCUUGUGACCUCGUGGAGGCUGUGACCCACAUCCUGGGUGUCCGUGACUUGAACAGUCUGAACGCCGAGAGCACCCUGGCUGAUCUGGGCUUGGAUUCCCUCAUGGGCGUGGAGAUCCGGCAGACCCUGGAGAGGGACUAUGACAUCAUCAUGCCGAUGAGAGAGAUUCGAGGGCUUACCAUUAACAAACUGCGGCAGCUUUCCGCCAAAUCUGGAACAGCAGAGGAGCUGAUGCCAUUCAAGACUACAGCUGGCCAGGCCAAGCACCCAGAACUGAACCUGAACAACCUGCUGAUGAAUCCUGAGGGGCCGACCAUCACCCAACUCAACGAGGUGCAAAGCACGGAGCGCCCGCUGUUCCUCAUCCACCCCAUUGAGGGAUCCGCUGCUGUCUUCCAAGCCCUAGCCUCCAGGCUCAGAAUCCCCAGCUACGGGCUCCAGUGCACACGAGCUGCUCCCUUGGACAGCAUCAAGAGCCUGGCAGCCUACUACAUUGACUGCAUAAAGCAGGUGCAGCCGGAGGGACCCUACCGCAUUGCUGGAUACUCCUUUGGAGCCUGUGUCGCCUUCGAGAUGUGCUCCCAGCUGCAAGCCCAGCAGCAGAACCCCUCCCUGGGGUCCAACAGCCUCUUCCUGUUCGACGGCUCCCACUCCUACGUGGCUGCGCUCACCCAGAUCUACACGGCCAAGAUGACCCCAGGAAGUGAGGCGGAGGCAGAGACUGAAGCAAUGCGUGCCUUUGUUCAGCAGUUCACAGGCACUGAAUACAAUAAGUUGCUGGAGAUUCUGCUGCCCCUGCAAGACCUGGAUGCUCGUGUCAAUGCUUCCGUGGACCUAAUAACUCGGAUUCACAGAGACCUCAAUCGUGAGGCCCUCAGCUUUGCUGCUGCCUCCUUCUACCACAAACUGAAGGCUGCUGAUAAGUAUGUACCAGAGUUCAAGUACCAUGGCAAUGUGACGCUGCUGAGAACAAAGAUGAACGAUGAGUACGGAGAAGGCCUGGGCGGAGAUUACAAACUCUCGGAGGUCUGUGAUGGGAAAAUCUCAGUCCAUGUCAUCGAAGGAGAUCACCGCACCUUCCUGGAGGAAGAUGGCGUUGAGACUAUUGUCGGGAUCAUCCACAGCUCACUGGCAGAACCCCGGGUCAGCGUCCGAGAGGGUUAGACCCUCCUGUUCACCCGGUGUCACUGGCUGAGAGAGUUCCAAUGUCACCCUGGUUAUGACAGAUCCCAAGAAACUCAUCCGUCAGCAGGACUUCCCAGACCCAUCUGCAGAGCAGAUGAGAUGAUGUUGGAAUGUGGGGGGGGGGGGUCACUGUCUGUCCAUCUCCCCUCCUCCCUCCCUCUCUCCAGUGUUGUGACUGUCUCACUGCACUGCUCUGUGGACCCACAUCGAUAGCUACUUUCUACACUUUUUUUUGGCAGUAUGAAAAACAAUGUUAGGAGU